AUGGAGCGUCUGAAGUUGGUGCUCCAGUACUUCCAGUCGAACUCUGAGUCCAUCUCAAACGGGAUCUGCAUCCUCCUGGCCCUGGUCAGCGUCAGACUCUACACCAGCUUCGACUUCAACUGCCCCUGCCUGCCCCAGUACAACCGGCUCUACUCUCUGGGCGUCAUGGUGGUGCCUCCCAUAAUCCUCUUCUUCUUGGGGUUGUUGGUGAACCGCCACACGGGGGUCAUGAUGGACGAGUGGCUGAGGCCCGAGGGGAACCGCUCCAAGAACCCUGCGGUCGUAAAGUUCCUGUUCUCGGCCAUGCUGCAGAGGGCGCUGUUGGCUCCAAUGGUUUGGAUCUUGGUUUCUCUUUUGGAUGGAAAGAUCUUGAUCUGUGCGUUCAGCGUCAACGUCGACCCGAGUCUCUUCUCUGGUUUUCCAAACAACACUGGGAUGGACGUCGUCAAAAUCAUGGCCAAAGUUCCGUGUAAAGAGGAGGCCAUCUUUGCAAACAGCUCCUUUAAGAAAGCUGUGACCAGAUACGUGCGCUGCUACUCUCAGGCGGUGGGCUGGUCCAUCCUCCUCUUCCUCAUUGUUCUUGGAUCUCUCGCUCGUUUUAUCAAACCGUUUUUUGAUGACCACGCCAGGUUCCUUCAGACGCGUUACUGGAGCAACUACCUGGACGUGGAGCAGAAAAUGUUCGAUGAGACCUGUGUGCUUCACGCCCGCGACUUUGCCCGGAAAUGUGUGGUGCAGUUUUUUGAGGAGAUGCGAGAUGAUUCUGUCCCAGAGCUGGACCGGCCGUACUUCACGGUCAGCGCUCGGGACGAGUGGGAGAGCGAGGACGAGGACCGGCUCCACGGCAUCACGAGGCAGGAGCUGAUGAACCAACUCCUGGACAAAUGGUUCUACAGCAAACCCCUGCUGGACGUGAGGCGCAUCGCCCAACGACCAAAACUGUGUCCAGAAUGCUCCAAGAAGAACCUUAACUCAGAUGUAUAGACCUGGACUA